UAAUUUAUUUACAUUUCUAUUUUUUACGUCCCAAUUCCAGCCGGCCUGAGAAAGAAAACAUAUAUUAAUUUCUCUGAGCCUAAGGAAAAAAAAGACAAAAGCAAAACGAAAGCCAUGGCUUCACAAAAAUUGAAUUUUUGUUUAUUAUUAAGCAUGGCUAUUAUUCUUGUGGUAACAAGGAGCAGCGAGGCUAAUGACGCAGUUCCGACGAGCCCAUAUUGUAAGAUUUGCACUAUACCAAUAUUGUGCAAUAAUGUUGUCAACGGUGCAACUAAUUGGAAGGAAGCAAUGGUUAAGAGCAUAAAUGCAUGUACGGAAACUGCAUACAGGAUUCAAAAUGUGACGAAUAGCAUUCUUCCACAAAUCACAGGGGUUGCACCACAAACAAAGACAUCAAUUCAAGAUACAUGUAAAGAGGCUAUGGAUGGUGCAGUAAGUGAUCUUCAAGAAGCUAUGAAGGCACUAAACAAGAAUGAUCCAGGAACAAUGCUCACAAAUUUAGCGUCUUUACAUACAGAUUGUGCUGAUGCAUUGGAUCAAUUUGGGAUCAAGUUUUUACCCUUAAACAAAGUUGUUGGCCGUUAUCUUAAGCAUAUGUCAGUUGCUCUAUCUGUUGCUCAGGCUCCACACUAAAUUAAUUAUAUUUUUCUUUCUCGAUCGACUAAUAUAAUAUUUUACCAAAGGGAUCGUAUUCGAAUUGUAAUAAAUGUAAGGUAGUUUCAAGAUUAUUGAAACUGCUUCAUCUUCAUAAAUUUAUAAAUGAGUACUAUUACUUUCUCUCUUUUGAUUUGA